AUGCAUCAGCUCACAAUCAACUGGAUACUAUUGGCGUUGCCAAUCAUCAUAACUGCCGUCUCAGGGUCACCCAUGAUAAACAACAACAACGGACAAGGCUUGGAUAAGGUAACAACAACUCACAACUCAUCAACGUCACUUCCGAUUUUACUCAAGAGCUUCAACAAUACCGAAAAUGGUAACAACAACAACAACAACAACAACAAUAACAACAGCGCAUUAUUUGCAACUAUCCAAGGAACCAAAUUAGAGCGAGAGAGUGCCUCAUCCGGAUGGCAAAUCAACGCUGGAGUCUACCUUGAAAAAUCCAUUGGCGAUGGGCACUCAACCAUGUGGGAAUCAAGUUCCGAUGAUGACUCGUCGGAUGAUGAUGAUGGAUGGGGAGGCUGGGCCAACAGAGCUGGGAAGACCAGGAAAAAGAAGUUUUCAAUGUUGUCGCACAAUGUUGGUGGUGGAGGUGCUUGUGCUGGUGUACACGCAGGUGUUGAUCCGGGCCUACAGUUGGGAAAUAGUCGAGCAGUUGUUGAUGUUCGGAUGGACAGUAUUUGCAGAAUUGGUAAUGGUACAUUUGGCACUACUGGAAAUGGAUCUUCUUGCGUUUGGUUGUACAGCUAUGAUGGUGUUGUUGGUAUUGCUCAAGCAGAACGUGAACUGUCCGCUGAAAUGGAGUUGGUAAAGGAAAAGAAUAAGUUUAAGCUGAAGAAACAACACUCUUGGUCAGAAGUGGGUGACAACAAAGAUAAUCACGACGGUGUUGUUGAUGAUGACAAUGGUGAAGCAUUGAGGUCAGAGGCAAAUUACACGUGGAACAAAUUUUGCGCCCUUGGAAAGGUGUAUUUGUUUAUUCUUUGCAUAGUUUUGGUAGGAUGA